CGCUCACAAGACGAAAGACGAAACACACCACCUACCCACCCAAGGACAGCCAGGUGUCACUGCCGCUGUGUGCAGAACAGUUGGAGGAAGACCAAAAGAGAGAGCGUGAGUGCGAGUGUGUGUGUGUGUGUGACUGUGUGAGAGAGAGUGAAAGCGACAUUCAAAGGAGGAACGUGCCAUCAUGGCUCGCACCAAGGUGUCUUCAGGCAGCUCCAGCAGACGCAAACCAGCAACGCCGCAACGCUCCAAACCCGGUGAUCCGAUGCCGCUGACCAAGCGGCGAUUCCGACCAGGCACAGUUGCUCUGCGAGAAAUCAAGAAGUACCAGCGCAGCACAGACUUGCUCAUCCGCAAACUACCCUUUGCACGCGUUGUGCGCGAGGUUGCACAGGACUUUUACACAGGCAACGAGCCCCUGAGAUGGCAAGCCAUGGCCAUUCUUGCGUUGCAAGAAGCGGCAGAGGCGUUUCUCGUCCACCUAUUUGAAGACGCAAACCUGUGCGCCAUCCACGCCAAACGCGUCACCAUCAUGGUCAAGGACAUUCAGUUGGCGAGACGGAUUCGCGGUCCACACGGUGGUUUGGCGUAAAGUGCUGCGUGGGAAAGCACAUCUUCUUGCUGCUGAUGAUCUGCGCAUUCUCUACUCAAAUUAGUUGACCCUUUUCCCACCCCGUCUCUAUCUCCACCCUCUGCACACAACCACACGUCACACAACCACACAACCAUGGCAUGCAAACGUGGUGCCUCUGGUGCCCCUCAAGUCGUAGUUGCCGUUCCAUCGUGUCGUGUUGGGCUGUGUGCUUGCUCCAUGCGUUCUCGUUGUUCAGCGUGUUUCGCGUAUUCUUCCUUUUGUUUUGAGUUUGUUGUGUGUUCGCUCCCGUGGCUGCCGACCCCCCCCUCCAAUGCUUGCGCUGUUCACUUGCACACAUCCAAGUCCACCUGUACACAUGUUUGAGCAGCAAUUGUUGCCUUUCUGCUUCCCUCCGCUUCUUUCUCUUUGCUUGCUCUCCAUUUGUUCAGUUGUUCAGUUGUUCACAAUCCCAUAGACGCCUUUACGUUUUGUAAUUUCCCAAGGCCAACUCACAGCUCAGCAGAAGUGUAACGUGCUGGCAACAGACGACAUACACACACGCACGC